AAUUAAAAAAUAGGGAAAAUUUGGGAAAAAAGAUUUUUUCCUAACAUGAGCGUGAAAUAGGCUCUUUUCACGCUUGUUUUGAGUGAGCAAAACGAUCCAUUUUUCAAUCGAUGACGUAAACGUUGAGACAUGGAGCCAUUUCUCAACUAGUGGAGAAAUGAAAUUGUAAGCAUUAAGAAAUGGGUUUAUUUUAUUGAUGUCUCAUGGUGACCGCGGGUGUUAAUGGCAACUUCACGUUAUUUUGCGUCGUGAGGUUACGUUUCAUUAUGCGUCAAUGCACAUUUUGCUCGCGUUGUUAAUCAUGGAGAUUUUGAGUGACGAGGAUUAUUUUACGCCGCCCGAAAUUCGCGCGGAGGCUUCUACGGCCCGAAGCAAUUUGCUACCGGAUGCAUCUCAAGAUAAAUACAUCGCGGCCUACAAGCAUUUUCUAAAAUAGCAAAAGGAAAAACAAACAUCGUCAUUCUCGGAAGAUUGUUUUUUAUCGUAUUUUAACGUUAAGCUAAAAGAUAUGGCCCCCACGACCCUGUGGUCUCGCUAUUCAAUGCUCCGAGCUGUAAUCGAAAUGAAACAAAACGUGGACAUUAGUAAAUAUAAAGAGUUGCGUGCUUUAUUAAAAAAGAAAACGAAAGGCCAUCGUCCAAAAAAAGCCAAAGUUUUCACCAGUACUAACAUUAGUAAAUUUCUGAAUGAUGCUCCAGACGAUCAAUACCUGGCAAUGAAGGUUGUAACAAUCAUGAGCGUGUGCGGAGGUUGCAGAUGCAACGAAUUAACAAACAUGAAAAGAUCCGACGUUGAAAUACAAGACGAGGUAAUUUUGAUAAAAGUACCCAAAACGAAAACAGGGAUUCAACAGUCGUUCGUGAUUAACAAAGCGCACGCAGCGACUGUCAAGACGUACAUGGCACUUCGCCUUGAAUCAGCAACCACUGACCGAUUUUUCCUGCGCUUUGAUAAAGGAAAAUGCUCGGUGCAGCCGAUCGGAAUAAACAAGUGCAGCGGCAUGCCAAAACAGAUUGCGACGUAUUUACAGUUGGAAAAUGCUGAAUUAUACAGUGGCCACAGUUUCCGACGCACAUCCGCCACGUUGUUGGUCGAGGGAGGAGGAGACCUCGGAGAGCAGAAACGUCAUGGCGGCUGGAAAAGCACCACAAUUGCAGAGGGAUAUGUAGAAAAUUCUUUCCGCGGAAAAAUCGCGACUUGUAAUAAAAUUACAUCGGACUUGAAACCAAACAAGCCAGCACGAUCAAUAUUGGGACCGGUUAAUGUACCAGCGCUUUCCGCGAAACCCUACAUUGUUGAAAAUCUGUCGGAAAAUAUUAUAGAAAUUCCCAAUACAUCUGCCAAAAUAACAGUGCAAAUUUCUAAUUGUAGCAACUGUAAGAUUGAGAUUGGGAAGCAAUAAUUUUAAUUAAAAAGAUUAUACGAUUGUGAUUAAAACUGUAAUUUGUUGUUAUUCUAAUAUAAUAUAAAUAAAAUAUAAUUUAUGUGAAAUUUGCUACUUUCUUUUAUUUCAAUAAAAAAAUCUAUUUUUUAUUUUUAUUUUAUUUUUUGUCUUAAUCGGGGGGCUUCGCCCCUGGG